UGAUGGACAAUCAGCCGCCCCUCACAUCACCGGAUGGAUCCAGUAAUGGGAACCCACCAGAGAGAUGUCCUCAUCCUCUGUAUUCCACACCGGAAGGUCACACCACCCCUCACUGUCAUCAGGGUGUGAAACAAAAAGACAUUAAAGAGGAAGAAGAGACAUUGGUGAAGGGAGCUCAGAAGUCUAUGAAAAAGGCUGAAAGGAAAAAGAAAAAGAAAAGUAAACAGGAGGAAUCUUCUCUACAUAUGGACAUAAAUGACCUCUCUGCACAGAACAGGAAUACCUCUGAAGGACUUACUUUACCUCCGAGUUAUACUGUAGAAGAUAAUGGCCUCACAGAGCCUUCUCCAGAAGUAAAUCCCAUUACUGAUAAUAGACAUCAAAGACCUCACCAUUUAGAUCAGUCAAUAGAUGUCUCUAAUCCCGAGGAAUCCUCUGACCAAUCACAAACUAUUCCUCCAGAAAUACAGCUAGAGACUCCUAGAAAUGUUAGGUCAAGAGGUCCAUCUAAUUCCAAGACAUCCAUAAGUAAUGAAGGAGUUCACACAGAAGAGCGUUCGUUGUCCUGUUCAGUGUGCGGGAAAUCUUUCACUAAAAACAAAGACCUUCUUAUACACCAGAGGAGUCACAAAAGCGAGCGUCCUUUCUCGUGCUCGGAGUGCAGUAGAAGUUUCACUGAGAAAAGAUACCUUAUUAGACACCAGAAAAGUCACAAGAGUGAAAGUCCAUUCUCAUGCUCAGAAUGCGGUAAAAGCUUCACUGAGAAAAGAUACCUUGUUAGACACCAGAGGCGUCACAAGGGUGAGCGUCCUUUCACAUGUGGACAGUGCGGGAAAUGUUUCACCGAUAAAAAAAAUCUUCACGGACACGAGAGAAGUCACACGGGUGAGCGCCCCUUUUCCUGUUCGGUGUGCGGGAAGUGUUUCGCUUUGAAAAGCAACCUUCUUAGACACCAGAGACAUCACACGGGUGAGCGUCCUUUUUCAUGCUCAGAGUGUGGGAAAAGCUUUACUCAGAAAACUGGCCUUGAUAGACACGAGAGAAGUCACACCGGUGAGCGUCCUUUUUCGUGUUCCACGUGCGGGAAGCGUUUCGCUCAGAAAGGAAACCUCCUGUUGCAUGAGAGGAAACACACGGGCGAGCGUCCAUAUCCAUGUUCAAUGUGCGGGAAGAGUUUCGCUGAUAAAGGAGGCCUUUUUCUACACCAGAAAAAUCACACUGGUGACCUUCCUUAUUCAUGUUCCGAGUGCGGCAAAUGUUUCCUUCACAAAGGUGGACUUGUAGCGCACCAGAGAAUUCAUACAGGUGAGCGUCCUUUCCCGUGUCCAGAGUGCGGGAAACGCUUUAGCCAAAAAGGGAAUCUUACUAAGCACCUGAGAAGUCACACGGGCGAGCGUCCGUUUCCAUGUUCGGAGUGCGGGAAUUCUUUCACUGUCAAAGGAGAUCUUAUUAACCACCAGAGAAGUCACACGGGCGAGCGUCCUUAUCCGUGCUCAGUGUGCGGGAAACGUUUCAUUCUGAAAAAGACACUUCUUACACACCAGAGGAGUCACACAGGUGAGCGUCCUUAUUCGUGUUCGGUGUGCGGGAAAUGUUUCAUUCACAAAGUAAACCUCGUUGAGCACCAUAGACGUCACACGGGUGAGCGUCCUUAUUCAUGUUCGGAGUGCGGGAAAAGUUUCAUUCAAAGAGCUGGGCUUGUUAUACACCAGAAAAGUCACACUGGUAAGCGUCCUCAUUAGUAAUGUACAUACCAGGGUUAGAUUUGCGGGAGCUCACAAGAUUCGAACACCGAGACAUAGGCCUCAGAUUCUCCAAGGGAGGGAGGUGGAUAGGAAUAUCAACUUUAGGUGAAAUAUUGAAAGCUCUUGAGACGUGACGACCUGUAAUGGAAAAUUCCCCCUCGCCGUCCGAAGGCGGCUUGGUUUCAGGAACCUGGUACUGGCAAUCUUCUCAUUUUGGGUUGGGUAAGAAAACCCCCUGAUCAUACCGAACAUCACAUCAAUCAUUGCUUAGAAUUUCUGUAACAACAUCCUCUGAUGUCGUCCUCUGGUCAUCCUCUGAAGGUCUUCUCUGGUCAUUGGGUUAUGACUAAGGCCUUAUAGUCUGAAACACGUCAACUGUUCUCAUUUGCGUUUGUUCACUGUGGCUUGUUAAUAAAAACAAAGAUUUUUUAAAGAGCAACAACCAGAGGGCGGAUCAUCUAUUCCCCAUCCUCUAAAGGUCUCCUCUAGUCAUCCUCUGAAGGUCUUCUCUGGUCAUCCUCUGAAGGUCUUCUCUGGUCAUCCUCUGAAGGUCUUCUCUGGUCAUCCUCUGAAGGUCUUCUCUGGUCAUCCUCUGAAGGUCUUCUCUGGUCAUCCUCUGUAGGUCUUCUCUGGUCAUCCUCUAAAGGUCGUCUCUGGUCAUCCUCUGAAGGUCUUCUCUGGUCAUCCUCUGAAGGUCUUCUCUGGCCAUCCUCUGAACGUCUUCUCUGGCCAUUCUCUGAUGGUCUCUUCUACCCUUUAUACACUAUAUUACCAAAAGUAUUGGCACGCCUGCCUUUACAUGCACAUGAACUUUAAUGGCAUCCUAGUGGUUCUCCUCCCUCCUACCUAUCUCAGCGCACUUUCAGUGGCACUUACAACUUUGUCUCCUCCGCUCCUCUUCCUUUUUCUGUUGGGGUACCCCAAGGCACCGUCCUUGGGCCCCUCCUAUUCUCACUCUAUACCUCUUCCCUAGACCAGUUGAUAACCUCUCAUGGCUUCCAAUACCACCUCUAUGCCGACGACACACAGAUAUAGCUCUCCUUUUCUCAACUCACCCCCUCGAUCUCCUCACGGAUCUCAAACUUACUGAAUGACAUAUCAGUAUGGAUGUCACACC